CGCGCAGAUACACACAAAGUGCGACAAGUCUAAGCAGCACUGCAGUGGAGCGGUAGUCGGUCCAUCCUCAUGACAUACAGAUCGUAGAACUACAGCAGUUAUGUGACGCGGCAGCAGCAGAGUUUCAUACUUACGUAAGCACUUCAGCGGCUGUGUCUCGCAAUAACAAAUACUAUUAAGGCUGAUUUGUGCCUUUAACUAACAUGGAUCCAACGCCCACAAAAGAGACCGAGAAGCACUGCGUUCUGUGUUGCCAAGAAGUCAAUAUCUUCGCCUUCGGAAAAUGCGACCACCCGGUUUGUUACCGCUGCUCCACCAAGAUGAGGGUGCUGUGCGAGCAGAAGUACUGUGCCGUCUGCCGGGAGGAGCUCGACAAGGUGGUGUUUGUGAAAAAACUGGAGGCCUUCUCGUCUCUGCCCUACCAGCAGUUCCCUUGUGAGAAGAAGCAUGACAUCUAUUUUGGUGACGAGAAGAUCUACGCCCAGUACAGACAUCUGCUGUUGUCAGAGUGCGUCCGCUGUUCAGAGCCUAAGAUCUUCUCCAAAUUUGAGGAGCUGGAGCAGCACAUGAGGAAGCAGCACGAGCUCUUCUGUUGCAAGCUUUGCACAAAGCAUCUCAAGAUCUUCUCCCAUGAGCGGAAGUGGUACAACCGUAAGGAACUGGCUCGUCACAGAGCACACGGAGACCCAGACGACACCAGUCACAGAGGACACCCACUCUGCAAGUUCUGCGAUGACCGUUACCUUGACAAUGAUGAGCUGUUGAAACACUUGCGCAGGGACCACUACUUCUGCCACUUCUGCGAUGCAGAUGGUUCUCAGGAAUAUUACAGUGAUUACCAGUACUUGAGCGAGCACUUCAGAGAGAGUCACUACCUGUGUGAGGAAGGCCGCUGUGCCACAGAACAGUUCACCCAUGCAUUCCGCUCGGAGAUUGACUACAAGGCCCACAAGGCUGCAGCACACAGCAAGAACCGGGCAGAGGCUCGACAGAACCGCCACAUCGACCUGCAGUUCAACUACGCCCCGAGACAACAGAGGAGAAAUGAAGGUCUGGUGACAGGCGAGGACUAUGAGGAGGUGCGUCACAAUCGAGGAGCAAGAGGACGGCCUCAUGGGGGACAGAAGAGCUGGAGAUAUUCCCGGGAGGAAGAGGACAGGCAGAUGGAAGCUGCUAUGAGGGCAUCCAUGGCAAUGCGUAAACAGGAGGAGAGAGGAGCGGCGCAGGAGAGGAACGCUCCCAAACACUUUAGAGAGGAGAGGACGGAGAGAGCAGAACCAGAAGAGCCCAGACACAGGACCGGACACAUCAAACCAACAAGCAAACCUCCAGUAAGAACAAUGAAGAGCACUAAUCCAGGAGAAGAAGAUGACUUCCCAGCUUUGGGAGCCACAGCUGCAACACCCAUUGUAAAGUCAGCUCCCGCAGCAGCUCCAGCAGCCCGUGCAGCUUUGAAGGAAGACGACUUCCCUAGCCUCUCAACUGUUGCUGUUGCAUCCCCCAUGACCCCGGCUUACUCUGCCCAACCUAAGAAGACUUCCUCUUUCCAAGAGGAGGAUUUCCCUGCUCUUGUGUCCAAAAUCCGCCCCCUCAAACCCGCAGCAGGCGCCAACUCUGCUUGGUCCAACAAUACUGCUGUAGCUAAACCCGUCACUCAUCCUCCUCCUUCUUCCAGACCUCCCCCUGCCCUUUCAUCUGGGUCCUCUGGCCCUCAACCCCUCUCCUCCUCAUCGUCUUCAUCUUCACGGAGGAAAAAGAAAGUAGGAGAGAAUGGGAAGGCAGCUGCUACCCGGUCUCCUCCUUCCUCAGAUGAUGAGAGUGGAGGAAUGACACAGCAGGAGUUCCGCUCAGUGCCCACCAUGUUGGAUAUCUCCUCUCUGCUCACUGUUAAAGGAAGCAACAGCAAACCCUCCACUAUGACCUCCAGCUCUUCAAACCCACCCCCCAACACCGAUCUCUCUACCUCCAAAGCCAGCAAGAAGAAAAAACAGCAGAAGAACACGGCUGCUCCCUUUACAUCUGUGUCCUCAACCAUUACAAUGGCUGUAAAUACAAUCUCAGUGGAAACCGCUGCACAGAAGGAGAAUGUCCCUGAGAAAACUUGCAAAAAAUCGCUCUCCAGUGUUGCAACAACAACAUUGACAAGUGGAUUGGCUAAUGGCCACCCUGAGAAGUCACCACCCAUUAGCAAUGAGGUAUUUGCAGUAACGCCUCAUCCCAACACAGACCCCCCUCUUGAACAGGAGGAAGAGUUUCCUGCUCUCAGGACCAAGAAACCUCCACCAGGGUGUGGUAUCAGCAGCUCAGUAUCACCGCAGCUGUAAGGACCUGCUCGGAGAUGAUUUUAACCGCAUCUUCAACGAGCUGCUGGUGCUUUUGCCGGACACUGGCAAGCAGCAGGAGCUGCUGACUGCCCACGGCGACUGUAAGGCCCUGGAGAAGCAGUCG